AGGCUCGAAAAUAAACAUCUUGUAAUUGACUUAGACUUUGCAUCUUUGUAUUCAAACCUUAUUAUGACAUAUAACCUCUCACUUGAUAAAAUUAUUUUAUCUCAAGAGCGUGCUAAACAAAGUG